AUGCUUGGAUUGGGAGUGCGUCGACUGCGAUCGCGACCCUCAUUGCUGGAAUUGAUACAAGGGCUGGACCAUUCGGUGCCUCAAGCAUCACCGCCCGCCCCCGACCUCCCACCGCUUCCCGCCUCGCCCUCUUCAACGUCGUCCUCCACCACUCUACCCUCAACCCCCUCCACGCCUCCCCCUUCCUCCAUUAUGGCUCCGGCAAAGCAAGGCCAGAGCUCCGAGCCCCAUGGCGCCGUCUUCUCCGUCUCCGGUCCUGUCGUCGUGGCCGAGCACAUGAUUGGUUGUGCCAUGUACGAGUUGUGCCAUGUCGGACUUGAUUCAUUGGUCGGUGAAGUCAUUCGCAUUGAAGGUGAUAAGGCAACGAUCCAGGUUUACGAAGAAACAGCCGGUCUGACUGUUGGCGACCCGGUCACCCGAACGGGCAAGCCUCUCUCCGUCGAACUCGGUCCUGGUUUGAUGGAAACCAUCUACGACGGUAUCCAGCGACCCCUCCGAGCCAUCUCUGACGUCUCCAAGGGCAUCUACAUCCCGCGUGGCAUUUCCGUCAAUGCGCUGGACCGCGAGAAGAAGUGGGAGUACAAGCCGGCCGCCUACAAGGUCGGUGACCACAUCACCGGCGGUGACAUUUGGGGCACCGUGUUUGAGAACAGCUUGGUGAACGACCACAAGAUCUUGCUGCCCCCUCGGGCGCGGGGUACCAUCACCCGGAUAGCCCCCGCCGGCAGCUAUACUGUCGAGGAGAAGCUGCUGGAAGUCGAGUUCCAGGGCAAGAAGACCGAGUAUGGAAUGAUGCAGACGUGGCCCGUCCGUGUGCCCCGCCCGGUCGGUGACAAGCAGUCCGCCGACGCUCCCUUUAUUGUCGGCCAGAGAGUGCUGGAUGCUCUCUUUCCCAGUGUGCAAGGUGGCACCGUGUGCAUUCCCGGCGCUUUCGGGUGCGGCAAGACUGUCAUUUCGCAGUCAGUGUCCAAGUUCUCCAACAGCGACAUCAUCGUCUAUGUUGGUUGUGGUGAACGUGGUAACGAGAUGGCGGAGGUCUUGAUGGAUUUCCCCGAGCUUUCCAUUACCAUCGAAGGUCGCAAGGAGCCCAUCAUGAAGCGUACCUGCUUGAUCGCCAACACCUCGAACAUGCCCGUCGCCGCGCGUGAAGCCUCUAUCUACACCGGUAUUACGAUCGCCGAAUACUUCCGUGAUCAGGGAAAGAACGUGGCCAUGAUGGCGGACUCCAGUUCGCGCUGGGCCGAGGCCCUGCGUGAGAUUUCUGGUCGUCUGGGAGAGAUGCCUGCUGAUCAAGGUUUCCCGGCCUACUUGGGUGCCAAGCUAGCCUCGUUCUACGAGCGCGCUGGCAAGACUACCGCUCUGGGUAGCCCCGAGCGUGACGGCAGUGUCAGCAUUGUCGGUGCCGUCAGUCCGCCUGGUGGUGAUUUCUCCGAUCCCGUCACCAGUAGCACCCUGGGUAUCGUCCAGGUGUUCUGGGGUCUCGACAAGAAACUGGCGCAGCGCAAGCACUUCCCGUCGGUUAACACGUCCAUGUCGUACAGCAAGUAUACCAACGUGCUGGACAAGUAUUACGAAAAGGAUCACCCCGACUUCCCACGCCUGCGCGACCAAAUCCGUGAGCUGCUAACCAAGUCCGAGGAUCUGGAUCAAGUCGUGCAGCUGGUCGGCAAGGCGGCCCUGGGCGACUCGGACAAGAUCACACUGGAUGUGGCGGCCAUGCUCAAGGACGACUUCCUGCAGCAGAACGGCUACAGUGACUACGAUCAAUUCUGCCCGCUGUGGAAGACGGAGUACAUGAUGAAGGCGUUCAUGGGCUUCCACGACGAGGCCCAGAAGGCCAUCGCGCAGGGCCAGAACUGGAGCAAGGUGCGCGAGGUUACGGCCGAUCUUCAGGCGUCGCUGCGCGGCAUGAAGUUCGAGGUCCCGGACAACGAGCAGGAGGUGACGGGGAAGUACGAGAAGAUCCUGCAGUCCAUGACGGAGCGGUUUGCCUCGGUGUCGGAUGAGUAA